CUCUCCUUUUCUCACUCACUCUCUUGGGAGCAAUGAACAUCAGAGUGCGGCAGUCGGCGAUGGUGAGGCCGUCGGAGCCGACGCCGCAGCGGCGGCUGUGGAACUCGAACCUGGACCUAGUGGUGGUGCGGUGGCACACGCCGAGCGUGUACUUCUACCGCAGAGCAAGAAUUCUCAAUAACUUCUUUGAUGCGGCGGUGCUCGAGGCGGCGCUGGCGCGGGUGCUGGUGCAAUUCUACCCGGUGGCGGGGCGGCUCGCGCGUGACGAGGACGGGCGAAUUGAGAUCGACUGCAAUGCCGAGGGGGUGCUCUUUGUUGUCGCUGAGGCCGACUGCACCGUCGACGACUUCGGAGACUUCGCGCCCACCCCGGAGAUGAAGCGGCUCAUCCCCAGUGUGGAGUACACCGACGAUGUCUCCUCCUUUCCGCUCCUCGUGCUUCAGGUGACCUACUUCCAAUGCGGGGGCGUCGCGCUAGGGGUGGGGAUGCAGCACUACGUCGCGGACGGGUACACCGGAAUCAACUUCAUCAACUCGUGGGCCAACCUCGCCCGCGGCCUCCCGCCGACCAUCCGCCCCUUCAUCGACCGCACACUCCUCCGCGCCCGCAACCCCCCGACCCCCUCGUUUCCCCACGUCGAGUACCACCCCCCUCCCUCCAUAUCCACCGAGGUAAUCUCACCGUCUCCCACGUCCAACAAGGCCACAGCCACCGUCGUUCGCAUGUUCAAGCUCACUCCGACCCACAUCGAUGAACUCCGGGCUAGGGUGCCCCCUGGAUCGCCGAAAUUCAGUUUGUAUGCUCUCGUCGCUGGGCACGUGUGGCGGUGUGCGUGCCUCGCGCGGGGACUACCGGCGGACCAGCUCACCAAACUGUACAUUGCUGUGGACGGACGACAGCGUCUGAAGCCGCCACUGCCCGAUGGAUACAUCGGGAACGUUAUUUUGACGGCAACUCCGAUCGCCACAGCAGACGAGGUCAUCGCAGGGGUGCCCGAGGCCGCCGCUAAGGUCCAGGGCAUGCUGGCGAGGAUGGACGACAAGUACAUGACGUCGGCGCUGGACUACCUGGAGCUGCAGCCGGAUUUAUCAGCGCUGGCAAAGGGACCGCACACGUUCCGGUGCCCGAACCUCGGGUUGACCAGCUGGGCACGGUUGCCGAUACACGACGCCGACUUUGGGUGGGGCCGGCCGGCGUUCAUGGGGCCCGGCGGGAUCGCCUACGAGGGACUGGCGUACGUGCUUCCGAGCCCGACUGGCGACCGGAGCCAGUCGAUCGCCAUAUCAUUGCAGGCGGAGCACAUGGACGAGUUCGGCAAGCUCAUUUACCAGAUUUGAAACAGCCGGACACGCCGAAGGAAUUGGUCGACCAUGGUGACUCCCAUCUCAUCAUGAGAUGUAUCCUUUUUUUUUUUCUUUUUUUUUUUGUAUCUUUCAGUCGGUGAUGAAUAUUGUAUAGUACACGGCAACGGUAAUAAUAGUAACUAAAUGAGUAUCUGAGUGUCCUCUUUUGUGUUAGGGCCAUGUUAUUUUCUCUGAAAACGGAAAACUAGGCCCCUAUAUUAUCAAAAGUA